CGGAUGAUCGGCCAUCCAGGUGAUCCUACAGCUUCCCGCCUUCUCUCCUCCUCCUCCUCUUCUUCUUCUUGUUUGCUUCGAUCACUAGGAAAACAGAAAUUCUUUGCUUCCAUCACUAGGAAAGCAGGAACUCCAUUGGAGGAGAGAGUGGAAGAAUGGCUGCCAUCGUGAAAAUGGAUGGCCAAGUCACGAAGCGGCCCUCAUUUUUGGUGGGUGCCCCUCCGGUUUCCAUCGUAGAGAGGAGGAUGGUCUCCUUCGGACUGGGGACCGGCUCUCCCCUUCCGGCGGCCCGCACGAGGAAAUGCCUGCGGCCGACCAUGGCGGUGGUGAGCGACAGAGUGCAGACGGCCGCGGUGGCGGAGAAGGCCGUCAAGUUCAAAGUGAGGGCCAUCGUCACCAUCAGGAAAAAGAACAAGGAGGACCUCAAGGACAUCAUUGGGAAGCAUAUCGACGCCCUCUACGAUCGGUUGGGGAAGAACGUUCUCCUCCAGAUCGUCAGUACCGAAAUCGACCAGAAUACCAGGUCGGCGAAGAGGAGCAACGAGGGCGCGCUGAAGCACUGGCUCAAGAAGUCGAACGUCAACGCCGAGAAAGUGGAGUACACGGCGGAAUUCGAGGUGACGUCGGACUUCGGAACGCCGGGGGCCAUCACGGUGAUGAACCAGCACCAGAGGGAGUUCUUCUUGGAGAGCAUAGUGCUCGAAGGGUUCAUCGGCGGACCUGUCUAUUUCACAUGCAACUCCUGGGUUCAGUCCACCACUGUUCAUCAGGAGAAGAGAAUUUUUUUCACCAACAAGGCUUAUCUGCCGUCGGAGACUCCAGAAGGUCUGAAGUACCUGAGGGAGAAGGAGUUGAAGGAGAUCAGGGGAGACGGGUCAGGGACCCGGAAGCUCACCGAUCGGAUAUUCGACUUCGACGUCUACAACGAUCUGGGGAACCCGGAUCAAGGUAGAAACAUGCAGAGGCCAACGCUGGGAGGGGAGGAGAUUCCAUACCCGAGGAGGUGCCGUACCGGCAGGCCCCCCACGGAUUCCGAUAUAUCAUGUGAGAGCAGGAUCGAGAAGCCCAAUCCAAUGUACGUGCCGCGGGAUGAAGCUUUCGAGGAGAUGAAGCAGGAGAUGAUUAAGGAGUGGAGGCGCAGGGGGGUGCUGCACAACCUGAUACCUUCACUCAAGGCCUCCAUCUCGAAGGACAACCAUGACUUCAAGGGCUUCCUCGAGAUAGAAGGGCUCUACCGCGAGAGCCUGGUCCGCAAGUUUGGGCUCCACGAUGAGAUAUGGAAGAAGCUGCCUCUGCCCAAGCCUGUGAAGAAGAUCGAAGAAUCGAGCCUGGGCCACCUGAGAUAUGACACUCCCAGUAUUCUUUCCGUUGAUAAAUAUGCAUGGCUACGAGACGACGAAUUCGCCCGUCAGACCUUAGCCGGCGUCAACCCCGUGGGUAUCGAAAAACUGAAUGUGUUUCCUCCCGUUAGCAAGCUUGAUCCGGAAGUGUAUGGCCCCCCUGAAUCCGCCAUUAGAGAGGAGCACGUCAUCGGUCAGCUCGACGGCAUGUCGGUGCAACAGGCUCUCCAAGAAAACAAACUCUUCAUGCUGGACUACCACGACAUUUACAUGCCGUUUCUGGACCGGAUCAACAGCCAGGAUGGCCGGAAAGCCUACGCCACUCGCACUCUCUUCUUCCUCACGCCCUUGGGCACCUUGAAACCCAUUGCCAUCGAGCUGAGCCUUCCGCCGACGCUGUCCGGUUCCAGCUCGAAGCGAGUGCUGACCCCGGCGAGCGACGCCACCAGUCACUGGCUGUGGCAAUUGGCUAAGGCCCAUGUCUGCUCCAACGAUGCCGGCGCUCACCAACUUGUUAACCACUGGCUUCGGACUCACGCCUGCGUUGAGCCGUUCAUACUGGCAGCACACAGGCAGCUUAGCGCCAUGCAUCCCAUAAUGAAGCUGUUGCAUCCCCACAUGAGGUACACGCUCGAGAUCAACGCAAUGGCCCGGCAGAUCCUCAUCAACGCCGGAGGAGUCAUCGAGUCCUGCUUCACGCCGGGUCCCUACGGUAUGGAGAUCAGCGCCAUGGCCUACGACAAGGCUUGGCGCUUUGAUCAAGAGGGUCUGCCCGCAGAUCUUUUGAGAAGGGGCAUGGCCGUCGAGGAUCCAAGCCAACCACAUGGGCUUAGGCUGUUGAUCGAGGACUACCCAUACGCAGCAGACGGGCUGCUCAUCUGGUCCGCCAUUGAGACAUGGGUCAACGAGUACGUGUCCUACUACUACCCGGACGCGGCCACCGUCCAGUCGGACGCCGAGCUCCAGUCAUGGUACGCCGAGUCCGUGCACGUUGGCCACCGUGACAAGCGGCGCGAGAAAUGGUGGCCGACGCUGAACACCCCGGCGGACCUUGCCUCUAUCCUCACCAUCCUCAUCUGGCUCGCCUCAGCCCAGCACGCCGCCCUCAACUUCGGCCAGUACCCAUACAAUGGAUACGUCCCCAACCGGCCGCCGCUGAUGAGGCGGCUCGUGCCGAGGGAAGUGGACCCGGAGUACCGGAACUUCGUCCAGUCGCCGGAGAACUACUUCCUGACGUCGAUUCCCAGCGUGCUCCAGGCGACCAAGUUCAUGGCGGUCGUCGACACGUUGUCGACGCACUCGCCGGACGAGGAGUACCUGGGCCAGCGGCCGCACCAGUCGACGUGGAGCGCGGACCUGGACAUGAUCGAGGCGUACUACAAGUUCGCGGCUGAGAUCCAGAAGAUCGAACGGGUCAUCCAGCACCGGAAUUCGGAUCCGAACCUUCGGAACCGGUGCGGCGCCGGCGUGCUUCCUUAUGAGCUCAUGACGCCAAGCUCCGAGUCGGGGGUCACCGGAAGGGGCAUCCCCAACAGCGUCACAAUUUGAAAAGGUCCAGAUCCAACCAAGAGAUUCUUUUAGCGAGAUAUAAAAGAUAAACCAAAUUAAAUAAGCACUGUGCUUAAUUGGUAAUUUAUGAUGUAAUUAUGUAAUUUUGUACUAUAAUAAUAAGAUUUAUUUCAUAUUGUCUCUACCAAAA